AUCAUUUCUAGACCCAAUUUCAAUUCAAAUUUUCUUCCCUUAUCAUGCACGUAUGUUCGUGAUGUAUUUCCCAAGCAAUGAUUAGCCAUAAGAAGAAGAUUUCUCUGAAAAACAUAAACACCAGUCUAUUUUUAUCUUUGGCUCGAAUACCACACAGACUACAUUUGAUUAAAUCGGUACUUUACAAAUCAUUAUGGUUAUAAAAGAAAGUUAAAUGGUACGUUAAAGAAACGUUGAAUCUUUAAAAUAUACGCAUGUGCAAGGGAAUGUCGGAAUGUUGUUAAAGAGCGCAAGUGCGCAGAAUAAUCUAUCUUGCGUGAGUGUACGUCAAGGUGCAUCAAUUAUCAGUUUCUCUAUGAAUCUAUUAUUCUAUAUGUGAUUUUAUAAAACGUCGCCCGUCGAUGUUAUCGCGCUCCAUCAAUGUUCCAAGUUAAACGAGAAUCAAAACAAGCAAUGCUGAAGAAGACCACGAGCCGCUCGAUUUCGUCCUCAAACCUCCGAUUCCGAGCAUCUCGGAAUUCCGAGGCAUUUCAUCCCUUUCCUUCGUGUCGUUCGUCGCUAAAAACAAUCGCUUCUGAUAGUGUGGCAAUUACCCUUAGGAAAAACUCGUUGAGAUUCCAAAAUUAUUUUUAAGAGAACAAAAUGGUCACUAGUUAAAUGUUAUUUUUCGUUUUUCCAAUGUUCACGUAACGACUGGAAUGUCGAGAUGUUGUUUAGCACGAAUUACCCUUGACGAUAACGACUCGUUAUUAACGAGUCCUAUUAUUUGCACGAAUUGGAAAAUUUCACGAUAGGAGAUGUCUUACAGCGAUGGUGGGCGCCCAAUCCGAAAAUUCGGUACCAAGUCGCCGAAAAAGCUUUGCGUGACCAAAAAUGAAAAUAACGAUAAAACCACGACCGCCAUAAAUUGCAACAAUCACCACCACAGUCAUUAUCAUCAUAUCCAUCGCUUUCUCGAAACACCUCAGCCAUCUGUACACAAACGCAAUCUAUACAUUGUUUCUUUCCCCUUGAUACUGCUCUUCAAUGUCUUGAGAACGCUACUUUAUCAGCUAUUCGUGGUGUUUAAGUAUCUAUAUACAUCUACAUCUCAGCUGAUUCAACGAAGGCAAGCUUCCAAACAGACCUGUCAGUUAGAGAUUGUAGUUGGUCAAAAAUCAGCAGAGAGUUUGAAUAAUAAUUUGCACAAUUCUGGACAAAUUGAGAACGAAGUUAUGUCACAAGUACCUAGAAGACCUAUGGGUCCUGGUCCUGGGGAUCCUCUGCUUGCAAAACAAAAACAUCAUCACCGUAGAGCUUUUGAAUUCAUCAGUAAGGCUCUUAAGAUCGAUGAGGAUAAUGAAGGUCAAAAAGAAAUGGCAAUCGAACUUUACAAGAAAGGCAUAGGUGAAUUGGAAAAAGGGAUAGCUAUAGAAUGUACUGGUGGUCGAGGAGAAGUAUGGGAACAUGCUCAGAGGCUUCAUGAUAAAAUGCGCACUAAUCUAGUAAUGGCAAAGGACAGACUGGACUUUCUUGUGAGUGUAUGUGAGCUGAAAAACAUGGAUAUCUCCAGUGAAUAUCGCGGCCCUGGAAGUAAAAUGGACGGCGAACAUCCCGGAAAGAAUCUGAGGGCUCGACGCAAUAUACACACAUUACAAACAGCUCGUUCCUCCUUAAACACAAAUCAUACAAAAAACACAAACAGUACACAGACAGUGAACAUAGGACAGAAUACAUGUACCCAAAUCCCCAAGUUAAGGCCACGUUCACCAAAAAACUAUUGUGCCCAUUCUGAAGCGUCCGGAAGGAAGUUAUCCGUUCCUGGGAAAAGGGUGGGUACAGCUAUAAGCAAGAGUCAGACACUACCGCGCAGUAUGGGACGUUCAACGCCAGUUCAAUCGUGUCACAGAGUCACACCUAUUAAACCAACGUCUACGCCACCUUCGGUAAAAAGACAAUUAUCUGUACCUGGAAAUGGGUCACCUAUAAGAAGACCUGGAACACCUACCGCGUCGAAUAGUAACAGAGGUACACCUACGAGAAAAGUACCUCUGUUAAAGGGUGUGGAUCCAAAACUUGCCCAAGUUAUUCUUGACGAAAUUCUAGAAGGAGGAAAAGCAGUACAUUGGGAAGACAUUGCUGGUCAAGAGACUGCAAAACAAGCACUACAGGAAAUGGUGAUCUUACCUUCGUUGAGACCAGAAUUGUUCACUGGCCUGCGAACGCCAGCAAGAGGACUAUUAUUGUUUGGUCCACCAGGAAACGGCAAAACGUUACUUGCGCGAGCAGUGGCCACUCAAUGCAACGCUACAUUUUUUUCAAUAUCCGCUGCUAGUCUCACAUCAAAAUACGUUGGGGAAGGGGAGAAAUUAGUAAGAGCUCUUUUUGCUAUAGCGCGAGAGUUACAGCCAUCUGUGAUCUUUAUCGACGAAGUCGAUUCGCUGUUAAGCGAACGCAGAGAUAAUGAGCAUGAAGCCUCCAGACGGUUGAAGACUGAAUUUUUAGUCGAAUUUGACGGUUUACCGUGUAAUCCUGAAGAACGGGUACUUGUUAUGGCUGCUACGAAUAGACCUCAAGAAUUAGAUGAAGCUGCACUAAGAAGAUUCACCAAACGAGUAUACGUUACAUUGCCAGAUCUACGGACGCGAAUCAUGUUGUUAAGGCGACUUUUAGCAAAACAUAAUGAUCCGCUGACACUAGAUGAAUUGAAUGAAAUGGCAGUAUUGACCGAAGGCUAUUCUGGAAGUGACUUAACAGGUCUAGCAAAAGAUGCAGCACUUGGUCCUAUCAGAGAGCUUAAUCCGGAUCAAGUAAAGGAAUUGGAUCUUAAUUCUGUGCGCAACAUUACAAUGCAAGAUUUUCGCGAUUCGCUUAAAAGAAUUCGUAGAUCGGUAUCACCUAGUAGUUUGGCAGCUUACGAGAAAUGGAGUUUUGAGUAUGGCGACGUAAGUCUAUGAUUUUUAAAAAUUAGCUGAAGCACGUGGAUUAAAGAUAAAUUACGUUGGUCUAUCAAUUAGUCCAACAAACAAAAAAAAAGUAUAACUUUGAGAAAUACUACAAAAGUGACUUUCUGCGAUAUUAAUUAUUACAGAAUGUAAAUACAGCAGCUUUUACAUUUUCUAAGCUAAUUUGUAAAUGAUAACAUCUAUACAUAAAAAGGGAAACGUUACGAUAAGCGAAAGGCACUCUUGCUAAGUACUGUUUUUUAAGUCGUAUAGCUUUAUACCAUACACAUAUAUAUGUAUAAAUACCACAUUCCAUACUCCAUCCAGUAAUCAGGUAUCAUAGAUUUAAGUUCCCACUAUAGCAGUGUUGAUAUUAGAAUUCCAGUAUCUAUAGUUAUACAGUCUAUUUUCUCCACUGCUAUUGCCAUUUCUUUGUAUAACUUUUUUUAUUCACAUUUUCAUUAACGACGAACAUUUUCAUUAAUUCUGUCGAGUUACAAUUCUUUCUUUUUUUUGUUAGUUAAGUAGAGAUCUGAAGAUAUUAUUUAUUAUAUAAUCGCUAAGAAGGUACAACCUCAUUAUUAACAGUUACGGUAUGCACUUUUACGUCAAAAAGAAAAAUGUAAAUAUUUGAUUAUAAAUCGAGCACAAUUAAGUUGAACAGUAUCGAUAGGAAGACUGCAUUUGCACACGAAACUGCACACGUCCAAUCAGAUAAUAAAACGAGUAACGUAACUGGGAAUAAACAGUUUUUAACUACUGAUGUAGACAAAUUAUGGGAUAAGUGUAAAAAUUAAUAGAAAUUUAAUGGUGUCUUGUAUAACCAUCCAUCGAGAAUGGAGUCCAAGUAGAAUUGUUUUCGACACGCAAGUCUUGUAAAAGCAACAAAUUGCACACCAUUUGACGUAUCCAGGAAUAUAAAUCUUGUUAUGUUUGAUAUCUUAAAUAUUCAGUUGAUAAUUGUUAAAAUGAAAUGAUAUCAAUUGAGGUCUCUUUAACGGGGAGCAUCAUACUUAUGAGAUUGUGCAUCAUGUUCUAAUUUAAUUAUAUUUCUAUGAGACAACGAACUGGAAAUAUAUGUGAAUUGUAUGAAAUUAAAAAUAUUUAUUAUUUAUAAGUAAAUAUUAUCGAUGAAAGAAAAUAAUAUUAACGAUAAAAGUAUGCUAUAAAAAAGAGGUCGCAUAUAUAAAUGUUUUUUGAUAUUUAUCUAUUGCUUCAAAUGCUCAAAUAAAAGGUGAUUGUGCUUGUACGAUAUACUCACUGAUCUUAAAAACGCGAUUAUUGUAAAACAAUACUAAUAAGCCUCCGUGUUAACGUAACAUUAUUUCACUUCGAAGUUAUUUAUAUUAGUCUCCACAAUUUUGAUGUAUUUUUAUUUUUAGAAGAAGCAUGGGACAAUGUUCACCGCGUAUAGUAACUCGUUAUAAUUUAUCUUUAAUGAUGUUAAUGCAACGAGUUAAGCUUCUCUGGUGUGAUUGAUAGUUAGUACUCUUUAAUAAUAGUAGAUAUAUACGCGUAGAGUCCAUAUGGCGUAUCUUAACAUUUUAUUUCUGCCAUGCAGUUCGUUAAAAGAAUUGUCCAUUUAAUUGUUAGAAUUUUCAUGCAAGUUGUAAUCGGUGUAAAAUCAAAGAAAAAAAAAGUAUACAUUUGCAGUACAAAGUGCACGCUAUUCUCUGUCGAAAAAACGAGUAUAUAACUGACGAUAAAAUAAUGCCAAAUAAGUUUAAUUUUCACAGCGAUGAAUCAAUAUAAAUGCGUUAAGUUUGAUAUGUGUUGCUGAUUAUCGUAUACGAUUGAUUUAAUCGAAAAAAAUUACGAACCUACGUUUGUUAAAUUAAUGUUGAUACUUUUUCUGUUUUGAAGUUCAGUGCCAACAUAAUUGCAUUAUACAAACGACGUUUAAUUUCAUAAAUAGAAUCUUUCCCUUUAUAUCGCACUGCUCUUUGUUAUAUAAAGUUGCGUUGCGUUAAAUAAUUUAUUAUAUACAUAAGUAGAGUAAUAACGUUAACUGAAUCUUUUCGACGAUCUUGCACAACAGACUGUUAUCAAUAUGGAUAUAUAUAUAUAUAUAUCCAUUUACAACCCUGGCCUUCCAUAUUAAAAACACGCUCAGCCUCGAUUAAGUUAUUUUGCUACUUUUAUAAUAACUCGUAAUAGGAAAUUUCUUAAAAAUAUAAGCAUAAUAAUUACGAAAACGUUAAUUAAUGCUACUUAACCUAAAAUAAUUAAAAUAUGAAUCGAUUGUUCAGAAAUGUUUGUAAAAGUUUUGCACGAACUUAAAUUUCCCUUAAUAGAUACAUUUUUGAUUUGUGUAACCAAAAUAAUUAUAUUGUUAAUAGCUUGGUAAUUAUUAACUAAUACCUAAUGACACUCGACUUCCGAACCAGUAUCCGUGGUAAAGCAAAGAAUUUGUUUCGUGAAACCCUAAUACAAAAAUUAUGAAAAAUGUAUUUUCAAAAUGAUCUACUUCCCACGAAUUCUUUCAAUAAAUUCUAUUUCCUUUGAAUGCCAAAGUUAUAUUUUCAAACAGUGUUACAGAUCUCUCGAUGAAACCAAACAUGAAUAUAUAUUUAAUUAACGUUGAUAUACUCAACGACAUCACAUAAUUAAAUAGUAAUUUUUUUAAUGUAACUGAAUAGCAUAGUAUUACCUACUGUAUAGCAAUACAAAAUACCCUACGUAUUUAAUAUUUUGCCGCUAUAUGAUCGUGAUCGAGGAACACAUGUUUGAAUGUAAUAAACUGUAUAGUACAAAUUGUUCUAGCGCAUUUCAUUUUUAAAAGGAAUGAUUGCAGCUUCCAAGUGAAAAUCAAUACAAAUUAUUCACAACUUAGUGGCAUUAUUACAUACUCUUCUAUUAUAAUGUUACAAUAUUUCUAGUUGACAUUGUUUACAUUUACGAAAGAAAUGUGUUGGUUUAUAUGAUGAUACUUUUUUUUGUACUAAAUUCAUGCAAUAAUGCAUUUUUCAAAUUAUAUUUCAUACCAAAAGUAUAUAAAACAAUUGCGUUACCUUCGGUGUUAUGGCAAAGAUUGUACAUAGCAUUAAAUUUUUAUUAUGUCAAAGAAUCAGUCAGAAUAUUGUCUUCUACACGUGUCAUCCAGUCUUAAAUAUUUUAAGUGCUUGACAAAGAUGAUAUUGUAGGAAAACAUAUAUCUUCGGUUAGCAUAAAUAACUAUUGUAAAAGUAUACCGGCUGUAAAAUAAAAUUACCUUGUAUGUACUUAAAAAA